UGAUAUCUUGGGUCAAUGAUAAUUCACCAGCUAGUUGUCCUCAAUUACAAAAAUGUUAGAGGAUUACAAACUUCAAUCAUUCGCACUUCAGAUCAAUUGUUUGUUCAUAGAGAUAGUGAAGUUGAUAAUCCAAGUAUACCAUUUGAAUUCAAUGAAGCAAAUAAAAAACGUAUUGAAGCUCUUUUGAAAAUUUAUCCUGAAGGUCAUAAACGUGGUGCAAUGAUACCUUUAUUAGAUUUGGCUCAACGACAACAUGGAUGGUUACCCAUUUCUGCUAUGCACAAAGUAGCAGAAAUAUUAAAUAUACCUCGCAUGAGAGUUUAUGAAGUUGCAACAUUUUAUACAAUGUUUAAUAGAAGACCAAUGGGAAAAUAUCAUGUACAAAUUUGUACUUGUACUCCAUGUUGGUUACGAAAUUCCGAUUCUAUUGUAGAAGCUGUAACUAAAGCUACAAAUUGUAAAGUCGGAGAAAUGUCUACAGAUAAACUUUUCACAAUUUCUGAAGUAGAAUGUCUUGGUGCUUGUGCUAAUGCACCAAUGUUUCAAAUUAAUGAUGAUUAUUAUGAAGAUCUAACACCUGAAAGUGCUAUUUCUAUAAUAAAUGCAUUUAAAAAAGGUAAAAAACCACCACCAGGACCACAAAAUUCUUCUAGAUUUGCAGCAGAUCCAGCAGGAGGUUUAACAUCAUUAAUAUCUCCACCGCCAGGACCUGGAUUUGGAGUUAGAUCAGAUUUAUAAUUUGUAUAAUACAUUGUAUAAUUUGUUUAAAUAGAUAA